AAAAACGAUGGCGAUGACGACGGCAAUCUUAGUCUCUCUGAUCUCACUGUGUCAGGUAAUUAGUCAUGCCAAUUCAAUUUAAUUUACCGUGAAUCAUUUCAGAGGUACAACUUUGAGGGGGAAAAAAUCAAUUCAAUGCUUGAUUUAAUGCUGUUUAUGUUUAAAUCCUUUAUGUUAAAAUUGCUUUUGUUCAUGUGUUUCUUUCUUUCUGUCUGGGUGGGUGGCAAAAUCUUCGGAUGGCUGAUUGAUCCACUUCCCGUCAACCUUUCGAGCUGAAACUUGGCACAUAGACGUGUUGCCGAUGACAACAAGUGCUAUAAAAUUUUCAGACCCAAACCUCAAAAAUCAAAUUUUACUGUUUUUCAAAGGGAAGAUGAAGGAUAUAAGUACCUUUGAUUCCACGAAAUAAAAUUCCCAAUAACUGAACUAAAUGAAAUUUUUCAAUAAAAAAUGCGUCUGGUGCAUAAUAUUUUCUUUUUAAUUUCUGAAAUAGUUCGUGUAAUAGCUCUGUGGUGUAAAAGUGGGUGUUACAUAAGAAUAUUAAUAUAAAAUAUUUUUUUAAAUGCACAGGAUUUAUAUGAAAAACUUUGCUUUUAAGGUUUGUUUAAUUUUUAUUACAAUUAUUUGUGCUUAACCUCGUCUCAUCUAUGCCUUUGUGAGUUGUCAACUUAUUAAGUUCAAUUUUUUUUCACAGAAGAAUCAGAUGGUGAUCAAGUCAACAUAGAAGCUGCUGCUACUAGUCGUAAGAAAUCAAAACUGGCAAGAGUGAGUUGUUGUAACAUCUUUUUACCCACUUUUACUCUAAUUGACUUGACAGUUUGAAACCUGUCCUUGUUUAUGACUCCAAAAUAUAUUAAACAUUUAAGUUCAGAUUUAAAUCAGGGAAGCAAUUUUUUACAUUUAUUGGAGGAGAAGAUUUGCAAGAUUUUUAUUUUUUAAUAAAAGAAUUUACAUUUUAGUUUUUGGUACAGAAUUGGUUUUAAUUUAAUAUUGGUUUUCCAGAGAAAUGAAAAGGGUGAAACUCCUCUUCAUAGAGCUUGUAUAGAUGGAAAUUUAAAGAAAGUUAAAUCUCUUAUAGCAGAGGUAGGUAAACUGACUGACUUGCAUUUUUCUGUAAAUAGUUUCAAGAAAUUUUGUUUACUAAAAAAAUAUUUAAAAACUAAUUGAAUAUCAGCUUUAUUUGAUAUUUAAUUAUAUUUUUUAAGUUUAGUUCGUGUACAAGUUUUUUUAAUAUAGUUUUUAAAAUUUGAUUUUAUUGAGAUCAAAGGAAUUCUAUAUUAUAGGAGGCUCUUUCCAACUGAUUUAAACCAGUCUUCAAAUUUGCUAAGUCAGCAAUUUUAACAAUUGCUUAAUUAAAUAUUGUCAAUCAAUGUCAUUGUAAUUUUUUUUUACCAACAAUAUUCAAUAAAGAAAAAUGUCUCUUUUUUUUUACCCUAAUUGAGGGCCAUCCGGUUAACCCCAGGGAUCACUGUGGCUGGCUGCCUGUUCACGAGGCCUGCAACCAUGGACACACAGCUAUUGUUGAGUAUUUGUUGGACUGCGGGGCCUGGAUAAAUGACAGAGGUGGUGAAAGGUGUGGCGGUGUGACCCCCCUGAUUGACGCAGCCAACUGUGGUAACCUGGAUAUCGUGAGGUUGCUUGUGGACAGAGGAGCCAACCUGAUGGCUAAA